AUGUUAUCAAAUACGACUGCAAUUGCUGAAGCAUGGGCUCGUUUGGAUCAUAAAUUUGAUUUGAUGUAUUCGAAACGUGCAUUUGUACAUUGGUACGUUGGUGAAGGUAUGGAAGAAGGUGAAUUUACAGAAGCACGAGAAGAUUUAGCUGCAUUAGAAAGAGAUUAUGAUGAGGUUAGCAAAGAUUCGGCAACGCUUAGUGAUGACGAAGAAGAAGGAAAUGAAUAUUGA